CAUAACCAACAGGUGAAAACAUCCUGUUGACCUGCUGCUGUGAAUUUGAUCUCUCCUAUAUCUUUGUAUUUGGUGUCUAUAGCUAGUGAAGUAAGUGUUUCAUAUAUCAGAUUUUAAUACAGUCAUCAUUUGCUUCCCAUUAUAACAAACCAGUUAAAGCCACCCCCCUCUCCUCCUCUGUCGGGCUAAAAAUGGAUGCAACCUUCCUGACUAUCGAGUGGGCGUGUGUGCUCAGUUUUAUAAAAGGCUGAGCCUAUAGAUCUGACACUUUCUCCAAAAGACUUCAACAAGCUCCAGAACAACCAACCAACUCCUCACUGACCGGCCCAGGGGUCGAACGCUGCAUCAGCCAAUCAGACUCCUGAACAUCUACACCACAGGCAGAUCAUCUCUCCAAGCCUCCUUCCAGUCAUGUUGUGUCCAGGCCUGCUGUUCCUGCUGUUGGUGUCCUCCUGUCUCCUGGUCCUAGGCACUCCUCCAGGCUCUUCUCCUGAUGAGGGGCCACAAUCACAUGACAACCAACAGAAGGACGUGUUUAAAAAGUUUGGCACUUGGCUAAAGAAACAUUAUAAGGAUAUUGGAGAUGUCCUUAUUGCUACCUUAGAACCGGUGCCGAUAGCUGGGCAACCCAUUUCUGCAGCACUAAAAACCUUAAUGCUGCUCACACCACAGGCUGACCCACUGGACAUCGUCAUGUCUGAACUUAAAGCUCUCAAUGUUAAGUUUGACACCUUCCGUGCAGAGAUGAAGUGGGAUGCCUGGGCAGCUGGUGCCUUUCUAAUACCAGUGAACAAUAUAGAGAAAGCUUGGGUUAAAUACACUGAGCUCAUGCUUAGUGUUAAACAAACAACUAACUCAGAGAAGGAGGCACUAACGCAGGAUUAUUUCACAUUUUACAGCCAAUACACAGACAACACUUUGGUCCUGCAUAAAUACCUGACAGCUAAACCAGUGUCUUUAACACAAAACCUUGGAGACCUGCUGGCUGAUAGAUUACGAUGUCAUGAAAAAGAUAUUAAAGCCCAGUUUCUGUAUUUGAACAAAGUUAUGUAUAAAGGCAACAUGCUGAAUGAAAAGUACUAUGAAUUCAAAGGCAUAAACACCAAAGCCAGGGUUAAUCAAGCCAGUAAGAUUGCAUCCCAGGCUGCCUCAGCUUUAACCACAUCACACCAGCGAUGCAUAUCUGACAGCGACGUUUACAUAGAGAGAGAUAUUUUUGAGCAAAUUGAUGACACCAAAAAACAUCAACAAAUAGCAGACAGUGUCAGGGCAUUUUUGGAAAAAACAUAUGACAGGUAUGACUGGAUGGUUGUUGCAUUUACAACCCAACACUCGAAGCAUAAGCCAAAAUUACUGAAGAGGCAUGUCCUGUCAGGCUUCACUGAGGUGGAGAGAGGAGCAGUUACAGUGGCUGUAGCCAAGCAGGUGAAAGGAAGUCACUCCAAGGCUGCUGCUGUUAAAGAAGCUAUUAGAAAGUGCAUACCUGAGAGUGUUAAAAUGUGUGUAGAUGUGGCUCAGAAACUAGAGGAAUGUCGGGAAACAGUUUUUGGAAAACGCUUCUCUCAGACAUACACAGCAGUCCAUGCUUUUAAAAUAAAGAGUCAAACCUCCACCAGUGCUGUAGAAGUACCUGAGGAUGAGGACUUAGUACUCACAGAGAGCACUCUCUCAUCUCCACCCUCCUCCCUCUUCACAGGGAAAUGUGGGAAACUGUUUGGGAAGUUUGUCGUCUUUAUUAAAAGUGAUGAGGAGAUAAUGGGGGAAAAGCCGUGCUCCAAAGUAAAAUGUGGUAAAAAUGGCAAAUGUGUUGAUGUGUCAGGCACCUUGUUAGCUAUGUGUGAGUGCCAGUACCCAUACUAUGGUGAGCACUGUGAGAUGAGCUUAGAGAGUUACAAGAGCCUCCUCCAGUGGGAACCGGAACGUAGAACCCCAAACCCAGAACGGUUUCGCAAAGGCAUGUCAGUGCCCCCUGCUAACCGCAGACCUUCGCAAGGCACCCAGGGGCGCUCAGCACAACGUCAGUCUUUGCAGCCAAUCCCAGGGAAGUCUGCUAACCGUAGAUCUCAGCAGAAAAACUCUGCAAAGGGAAGACCUCGGAAGAAGACCUCUCGAAGCUCUGCAAAGCGUAGAGCUCGGAAGAAGACAUCACGAGGUUCUGCAAAACGUAGACCUCGGAAGAAGACCCCACGAGGUUCUGCAAAACGUAGAGCUCGGAAGAAGACCCCACGAGGUUCUGCAAAACGUAGACCUCGGACGAAGACCCCACGAGGUUCUGCAAAACGUAGACCUCGGACGAAGACCCCACGAGGUUCUGCAAAAGGUAGACCUCUGAAGAAGACCCCACGAGAUUCUGCAAAGCGUAGACCUCGCUUGAACAACCAAAAACCAUCUAAACGUGAGAGAUCGAACAGUAGACCCCGCACCCCAGGGCACUCUGGGUACGCAUCAUUUUGUGGGUCUCUGUGCGUAGACAAAACCCACUGAACUGUCAUACUGUUCUACAGUUCCUAAAACAGGCAAAACGAAGAAUAAACAGCCACGCUUAGCAGCUCUGUGAGGCUAUGUUUGAGCACAGCGAUGCACCGAGCUAAUUGCUAACACCAGCAUGCUCUUUGUGAAUAUGAAAAUGAAUAUUUGUGCUAAUUUUGUGUAAAAAUGCAACAGAAAUCAGUACUUAUGAUUCUUUUAUGAAUAUGAUGAUGUAUUUAGAGCUUUGUGUGACAGAUGAUGUUGUACCUACUGUCAGAGUAAUCUUAUAAAGACGUUAAGAAACAGAUUAUUUCCAGCUUUGCUUGCUAUUAAAAUCUGAACGAAUAAACACGACAGUUUUUAAAUGCCA